AUGUGCGGAACUCCCGCUCAUCCGAUGGCAUACCAGCAGCAAUAUGCUGCCGAGCAGAAUCCUACCACGUCUCAUCCUCAAUGGAACUACGGUCAUCCCGGUCAUCCGCAGCAUCCUUACCCACAACAACAGCCACAACCUCCGCAACCGCCUCCUCAACAUCCACAGCAGAUUCCGCAACAUCAUUCUCAGCAGCCACAUCAAAUGCAAAAUAGGCCUCCAUACCCGCGAAGCCCUUCUCGAGCACUACCUCCCGAUGCUCAAACUGCACAUUGGAUGAAUCAACAUUAUAUGAAUGGUUGGGCUUAUAAUCAGUCGCCGGUGCCAUCGAUCGCUCCAUCAGUGAUUUCCCAAUCGCAGUACGCUGAUGAUCGGAUGUCGAUGCUUAGUGUGAAUACGACGAUGACCGCUCACGGGCAGGAUCCCGAUGCUCAACGGUGUUUCUCAUCAAACGGGUCAACUUGUGAGAAUAUCAAUCCAGAUAUGGCGUUUGCUCAAAUACAACGGGAAGCCGAAUAUGUGAUGCAUAAUUGGUUCUCCAUUCGUGAUCCCAUGAAAAGGUUUGAUUUAACCUAUAAAUUGCAUAUUUGGCUCAAAAAUAAGGGCCUAGUUCAUCUCGAUGAGAAUGCUGCAACUCGGUAUAUUCAACAAAUUGUGGCAAUUGUGACUGAUGGCUUAGUGCUUUGGACUCCUCCUGACGUUCCUCCACCACAGGAAUAUAUGGCUCUUGCCGCUCGACUUCUUGAGAUUUUCCACAAAUUGGUGCAACACAAGCCGUCGAUUCCGAUAAUUGCUACAAUAUUCGCAUCAACCGAUGGCGAGAGGAGCUUGAAAAUGCUUCUAUGCCCAUUUAUUCCACUUUGCGGAAGUCCGCAAUUGGAGAGAUGUUCGUAUAUUGUAGUAGAAUUUAUCGCUACUGUCCUAUUAUUAAAAAACUCGGAUUCAAUAAAAAUCGCGUUUCUGAAAGCUUUGAAAUUUGAAAAGAUGGUGAAUAUGUUAAUCAAACACCUCUAUGAUGCUCCAAUUUGCAAUCUGAAUGUACUAAUUAUAAUGAGAAAUAUAAUAAGUCGAGAUCCUAAUAUAAAAGAGUAUCUUAUACGGUAUAAUAGGCCAAAAGACGAGCCAUUACCGAAUUUUAGUCUUAUCCGGACCCUUUUGGAAUGCGUUUUGCCACGAUGUGCAAAUACACCACAAAGAGCUCCCCCAAUCGUUUCCCACACAUGCCACUUGUUGCGAACAUUAUUGCAUGAUUCGAAAUCGAUCAAUGAUUUUGUGAGAGCUCAAGGAAUAAAUGUGGUUUGCACAUUGUUGCAAAGGUUUAAUGAUGUGCGAAUAGUAAAAGACGCGUUUAAUCUAUUCCUUCACGUCUCUGAUUCGCCGGCGUUUCAGGAAAUUGAAAUACCAUUGUCUUUCAUUCUCAAUGUUCUCAACUAUUUUGCCGAUGAGGAAGUUUACAAAUUGGGAACUGGAUUUUUGAGCAAUAUUGUAGCUAAUAAGCCGAGAUUUAAAAAAGAUGCCAUACAGAAUAAUGCGAUUCAACUUCUAGAGAUGAUCAUUUCCAAAUGUCCAAGGCUGGACGAUGUUGUUGAGGAGAAGAAGAGAUUAUUAGUGUGCGAAGUGAUGUCAAAUUGCCUUCGAACAUUAAUUAACCUUCUUCCAUAUUGGGUGAAUAAUGCGCAUUUGAUUAUUCAAGAUGAAGCCAAGCAAAAUCAAAUUAUCACUUCUGUUCACUCAUUUAUCGGCCCGAAUAUUCUUCGGAAAUUCAUGAACUACUUGUCGUGCGAAAUGAGUCCCAAAGAAGUUGAAAGCAUGGUUGAGCUGCGGAGCUAUGUUCUGAGGUUCCUCAACAUUAUCAUCAAAAUGCCAUUUAUUAAUAAAGAGGGACUUUUGCAAAUCACCGACGACGUUCGGAAGGAAAAUCUUAUUUCACAUACCAUUCUGGUUCUCACGUGGUCAAUUAACAUUUAUACGGGUUGUAAUAAACAAGACAAGGAUCAAAGGGAGAAGUUGGUUGAGAGAUCCAUGAUCCUGCUAGGCUCAUUAAUGGAACACUGCAAUGCUGCAUAUUCCAUUGCAAAUCAGUGCAGGUAUGUCGCAUGCCCGCUCGAUAUAAUCCGCGAUACGCACAACGAGUCUUUUAUCCGAACGGUUUUGGAGUUUUGCGAGAGGAUUGCUGACAAUGCUAGCGAUAUAAUGACGGUUUGGGUGAUUGAUAGAUCGCUUGUCGAGAGUUUUGCGAAUAAUCGCAACGCAUCAAUUGCCAAAUCCGCAACUGCUAUCCUUUCGCGAAUGCCGGUAUCCUCAUCUGAACCAUUAGCUGAUCUCUUCGCAAAUUCCGAAUUUUAUUAA